AUGGCGCCACCGGCAGACCCCUUCUCGGAUCGCAAUGCGCUCGACGCCAAUCCGUUCGCAGACCCGUCGGUGCAGGGUGCUCUCAACGACUCUUCGCGCGUGUACGCCGGUGGCGAUGAUGACGUUGGCUCUACAUACAAGGGCAGCACAGUCGACGAGAUCCCGUCACGCGUAGAAGCCAACCGGAUGGAAGAGCUUCGCCGUAGAGAAGAGGAACUCGCACGCAGAGAACGCGACCUGGACAAUCGCGCAGCACACAUCCAAAAGCACGGCCGCAACAAUUGGCCGUUCUUCUACCCGCUCAUCUAUCACGACAUUGCUGCAGAGAUCCCACCGGACAGUCAGGCUAUCAUGGAGAAUCUCUACAAGCUGUGGCUUCUACUGGUGUUGACGCUUGUCGUCAACAUGAUAGCGUGUAUCUUUUUGCUCAUUCAGGGAGCCUCGGACGGUGGUAAAGAUAUGAUCUCGGGUAUCGUCUACCUGCCCGUCAUCACAGUAGCCAGCUUCUUGCUCUGGUACCGACCAAUCUACAAUGGCUUGAUGAAGGAGCACUCGCUCUUCUUCUAUGUCUACUUUAUCUUUGCCGGCUUCCAUCUGGCAUUCUCGGUGUACGUGUUCUUGGGCAUCCCAUCCACUGGUUCGGCAGGCUUGAUCAACACCAUCCAGGCGUUUGCAGGACAACGGAUCGUUGCCGGUAUCCUGGGAGCGGUAGCUACAGCAGGCUUCGGUCUGCAAGGUUUGGGUAACCUGUGGUACUACAGGCUGAUCUGGAAGCACAACAAUGAAAAGGGCCAUACGUUUGCGCAGGCUAAGAACGAGCUGGCUACACACGGCAUGAAGGCCUACUUCACCCGUGGAUCGCAGGUGUGA